AUGAAGAAGAAGAACGAGACAACAACAAUGUCUUCCCUCUCAACCACAGUCUUCCCUCUUCUCUUUUGUCUCCUCUCAUCAUCAGUCUCAUCUCAAGAAGAUUCACACCGUUAUCCAGGCUUCAUCUUCACAAGAACCGGAGGAAGAUGCAGUCCAGAGUUUUGGAGCGGUAGACAAGAGACAUGGCCGAGAAUGGUACCAGAGACAUCAACGGUAUCGAAUGUGUUUGGAUGGAGAGUGUGUAAACGGUAUAGAUCGGAUCUUACGUUACUUGAAGCAACGAGUAGGAACGAUGAAGGUGAAAACGCGUUUGGAGCUUUGUUGAAAGAGGGAACAGCUGCGUUGAUAAAUUCGUAUGCGAGAGAAGGGUUUCCGUUUAGGUCAUGGCAGGUUAAGACUUUGGUUAUGCAAGGCUUUGUUUCUGAGGUUGCUGCUGCUUCUCAAGCCAAACGUUUCUCUUUGGCUAAUCAUGCUUGCUCCUGA